GACUGCUGAUCCGGCAAUGUUGCCAUGAGACUUUGCAGAGGUUUGCUUGCAACUGCGAGGCCCUUGCCGUCAGAUGUUUGGCAAUUUGGCGCUGGUCGACCACGAGUUGCGGUGCUGGAGGGCGUACAUGGCAAUGAGAUCACGGGAGUUGAGGUUGUCAAGGCUUUGGUUGAAGACUUUACUCACAAGGGCCUUGGUAUUCGAGAAGGUCAACUGACAGUGGCCAUUGGCAAUCCUUUGGCAGUAGCACAAAACACGCGGUACAUAGAGGAGGAUUUGAACCGCUGCUUUGAUGGCAAAAGCUUGGAAACUUCAGAGCUCGAGAAGAAAAGGGCAGCAGCUCUAUCGCCAUACCUUGAAGGUCUGGAUGUUCUUUUGGACCUUCAUGCGACCAACAAGCCGUCCACUCCAUUUGCACGGCUUCCAGGUCCUAUUGAGGGCCGUCGGCAGAGGUUCCAGGUCGCAGAAGAUUUGUUCCUAAGCUCACUGCCAACCAGCUGCCAGACCGUGCUAUGGGAUCCACAUGAACUGAUCGCAGGGGGCAGCAUGACGGAUGAAUUUGCCCUAAGACAUGCACCAGAUGGAUGGGAUGGAUGGGAUGGAAGCUAUGGAAGCUACAUUUGCUUGGAAUCAGGACAAGCAAGUGAUCGCAGUUCAGUGGAUGCGAUCUACCUGGCAGUUUUGCAAUGUCUUCGCAAGCUCCAAAUGCUUGGGCCACUUGGAUUUGAAGGGCGCCCGGGACCAGGCGAUAAGAAACCACGAGCCUGGCGGCACUUUGAGAUCAUGGAGAAAUUCAGCCUUGAUCAUAGGGGCUUUGAGUGGACCAAUGGCCAUGGUGAGUACAAUUUUCAGGUCGUGCCCGCUGGGCAUGUCUAUGGCCGAAAGGGUCAGGUUGAGUUGAGAGCACCGGAAGGGAAAGAGUCCUACAUGGUCUUUCCUAAGGUGCGCAACUUAUGGGCCGAGGGUCGGCCAUUGGGAUGGCUCGCAAGGAAGCUGGAGCCAGAAGAACUUUGAGAUCUUUGAACCCCUCGAGCUGGUUAAGAUGGUGGUGGAAACCAGUGAGAUGUACCAGGCCUGAGGAGCUGGACCCUGCCACUGUGAGGCCAAGAAGCGUGUACAAAAUGGGUGAAAGCGACGAUGUUUUUUCGAUGUGCGACAACGAUCGAAACGAGCUCAGCAGACACCGGUGGACCGGACUCGGAGCAAGCAGCAAGCUGGAG